UUUAGGCCAAGAUAGUAAACGUAGCUCAAAUUAGAAAUCCAUGUCUUGUGUCGAUCAUAUUCUAACUGGCAGCCUGAUGAAAGUAAGAAUCAUUAAAAUGUGUUUGUUGUUGUUAUUUUGUGUACGCUCGUAAUAAUGAAUUUUAUUUUGAAAUCUGUGAGCGGAAGUGUGAUCUUACAUCCUGUCUGGUUUGACACUGGCUGCUCAGUGUGUGUGUGUUUGUCUGUGUGAGAGAGUGUGUGUGUCUGUGUGCGUGUGAACUCGGCUUCCUGCUGCUGCUCGGUGUCCGCACACCGUCCGUCUCGUCAGUGUUGAUCGGCUCGCCAUGGCGGAAGGACGCAGAGAACAGCCGCCCCAUCCCCUCUUCUCCAUACCACCGGCCAGCAAGCGACCCUGCCUGCGCCCUGCUCCCCGAGGUCCCGGCCCGGGGCCCGGCCACGGCAGCGGGUUGCACGGCUCCCGGUACCGUUCCCCGGAGUCCCUUCUGGACUGCGCCGCGAAGGCAGUAGCGGAGAAGUGGGCCUUCGAGAGAGUGGAGGAGCGCUUCGAGCGGAUCCCGGAGCCCGUCCAGCGCCGCAUCGUCUACUGGUCUUUCCCCCGCAACGAAAAGGAAAUAUGCAUGUACUCUUCGUUUCAGUGCCGAGUCGCCGGCGAGGAGGGUCCGUCGGCGGCUACCGGCGGCGCUGGGGCCGCUGGGUCCGGAGCUACGACCGCCGGUGGCGGCGGCGGCGGCGGCGGCGGCGGUGGUGGGGGAUCUACAGCCGUUACAACGGCUACCGCGGGGGCAGCCGGAGCGGCGGGCACGGGAGACGGACUGCCAUUCCGCCGCGGUAUCAGGCUGCUAGAGACCGGCUGUGUGGAAAACGUUUUACAAGUCGGGUUUCACCUCAGCGGCACAGUAACUGAACCCACCACGUCGUCAGAGCCGGAGGUCACGCACAAGGUGGCCAUCAGCUUCGACCGCUGCAAGAUAACCUCAGUCACCUGUGGCUGCGGGAACCGGGACAUUUUCUACUGCGCGCACGUGGUGGCGCUCUCUCUUUACCGGAUUCGCAAACCUGAACAGGUGAAGCUGCGGCUGCCCAUCUCAGAGACGCUGUUCCAGAUGAACAGAGACCAGCUGCAGAAGCUGGUGCAGUACCUGAUAACAGCCCACCACACCGAGGUGCUGCCCACCGCUCAGAAACUGGCCGAUGAGAUCCUCUCCUCCAACUCUGAGAUCAACCAGGUCCAUGGCGCCCCAGACCCAACUGCAGGUGCCAGCAUCGAUGACGACAACUGCUGGCAUCUGGACGAGGAUCAAGUCAGGGAGCAAGUCAAACAGUUUCUAUCGCAGGGAGGUUACUACGGCUCCGGGAAGCAGCUCAACUCCAUGUUCGCUAAGGUGCGGGAGAUGCUCCGAAUGCGAGACUCCAACGGCGCCCGAAUGCUGACGCUCAUAACGGAACAGUUCAUGGCGGACCCUCGUCUGUCGCUAUGGAGACAGCAGGGCACGGGCAUGACGGACAAGUGUCGGCAGCUCUGGGAUGAGCUCGGUGCAUUGUGGGUGUGUGUGGUGCUGAACCCCCACUGUAAAAGUGAGGAGAAGAGCGGCUGGCUGAAGCAGCUGAAGAAGUGGGGGGACAUGGACGUCUGCCCGCUGGAGGACGGCAACUACGGCAGCGAGCUUCCGAACAUCACCAACGCUCUGCCGCAGAGCAACCUCGCACAGGACUCUCUGUCCCGGCCGAGGAGGACGGUGUUCAGCCGAGCCGUCGAGGCCUGUGACCUCCACUGGCAGGACAGCCACCUGCAGAGGAUCAUCAGCAGCGACUACUACAUGUCUCCGUCCUACCAGAGAGAGGGGGAGAGCCUGCUGUUCAACCCGCAGGGUCUUCCACUCUGGCUGGACCACGUCCCGACAGCGUGCGCCCGCGUCGAUGCCCUGCGUUCCCACGGUUACUCCAGGGAAGCCCUGCGAUUGGCGGUUGCCAUCAUCAACACGCUCCGCCUCCAACAGCAGAGACAGAUGGACAUCUACAAACACCAAAAGAAAGAGCUUCUCCAGAGGGGUGUGACCUCCACCACCAACCUGGAAGGCUGGGUGGGUCACCCCUUGGACCCGAUUGGCUGCCUGUUCACCACGCUCACCGAAACCUGCCGCAUGGACGACGACAACAGCAUGGACACCGGAGAAGGAGAACCCAGACCUCCAGUCUACCACCAUGUGCCCGUGUGGGGAAGCCCUGACGGUGGGGAGUCAUACCUGACUCUGUCCUUAGAGGUGGCUCUGAUGGGCAUGGGGCAGCAGAGGAUAAUGCCCGAGGGCCUGUACGCUCAGGAUAAGGUUUGUCGCAACGAGGAGCAGAUUGUUGCAAAACUUCAAGAGCUGGAGCUGGACGAUCUCCUGGUUCAAACUCUUCGGAAACAGGCCAUACAGCUACUAGAUGCUGGUCCGUUUAGCGGUCUGGGUGAAGUCAUCCACAGGGAGAGCGUUCCCAUGCACACCUUCGCCAAGUACCUCUUCUCUGCCCUGCUGCCGCACGACGCAGACCUGGCGUAUAAAGUCGCUCUCCGUGCAAUGAGGCUCCCGGUGCUGGAGUCGUCGGCGGGCUCCGGGGACGUGGGCCACCCUCACCACGGUAUCUCCAUAGUCCCGAGUAGAUACCCGCGCUGGUUCACACUGGGACACCUGGAGUCACAGCAGUGCGAGCUGGCCUCCACCAUGCUAACUGCUGCUAAAGGCGACAUGUUGAGGUUGCGGACGGUGCUGGAGGCCAUCCAGAAAAACAUCCACUCCUCUUCCUUAAUCUUCAAACUGGCCCAGGAUGCCUUUAAGAUAGCCACGCCCGCUGACAACCCGCCUGAUAUAACCCUGCUCAACGUGGCACUGGAGCUAGGACUGCAGGUGAUGAGGAUGACUCUGUCCACGCUGAACUGGAGAAGGAGGGAGAUGGUUCGCUGGCUGGUAACCUGCGCCACUGAAGUCGGUCUGCGGGCGUUGGUGAGCAUCUUGCAGAGCUGGUACACUCUCUUCACACCGACCGAGGCCACCAGCAUCGUGGCGGCCACCGUCAUGUCCCACAACACCAUCCUGCGCCUCAGCCUCGACUACCCCCAGCGCGAGGAGCUGGCCAGCUGUGCGAGAACCCUGGCCCUGCAGUGCGCCAUGAAGGACCCCCAGAACUGCGCUCUGUCGGCGCUGACGCUCUGCGAGAAGGACCACAUCGUGUUCGAGACGGCCUACCAGAUCGUGAUCGACGCAGCGUCCACAGGAAUGACGUACUCCCAGCUGUUUACCAUUGCGAGGUACAUGGAGCACAGAGGAUACCCUCUGCGGUCGUUCAAAUUGGCCUCCCUCGCCAUGACCCAUCUAAACCUGGCUUACAACCAGGACACACACCCGGCUAUUAAUGACGUGCUCUGGGCCUGCGCGCUCAGCCACUCUUUGGGUAAAAAUGAGCUUGCAGCCAUUAUUCCCCUGGUGGUGAAGAGCGUGCACUGCGCCACGGUGCUGUCUGACAUCUUGAGGCGGUGCACCAUGACGGCGCCGGGUCUCGCCGGCAUCCCCGGGAGAAGGAACUCUGGGAAGCUGAUGUCAACGGACAAGGCGCCGUUGCGGCAGCUCCUGGACGCCACGAUCUCGGCGUACAUCAACACCACGCACUCUCGACUGACGCACAUCAGUCCGCGGCACUACGGAGAGUUCAUAGAGUUCCUGAGCAAAGCAAGGGUGACUUUCCUGCUGGCACAGGACGGCCACAUUCAGUUCGCCCAGUUCAUAGACAACCUGAAACAGAUCUACAAGGGCAAGAAGAAACUGAUGAUGUUGGUCAGGGAGCGCUUCGGCUGACCUUACCCCUCCCUCACAGGGACGCUCUCCCUGGGAAGUAGUUAAACUUAUUUGUUUCUAUUUAAGGCUUUUUAGAUUCUUUGUAUUUUUACUUAUUUUGAGCCAUUUGUUGACUAAGUCAUAAGUUUUUGUCCCUGUUUUGUUGUUUUGUUUCUUGAAUGUGAACCAGGAAGUGUUUGCAGUACAUUGCUCUACUUCAUUGAGACUGCAAAAGGAGGGGGAGGGGGCAGCGGCUUGAAAUGUCAAAGAAACACCAACAAAAACAAAGCAUUUUUCUCCUCCAGCUAAUGUUGAAUCUAAUAUGAAAAAGUCAAAAAGAUUGUGAUGACAAAAAAAAAAAGCAAAAGCAACUUUUGUUUUUCAGUGGCACAUGACGAUAUAAAAACCAAAUGAUGUUGGAUGGGGUACUUACUUUGAGCCAGAAGACGCUUUCAGCUGGGGGUAAAAGAAGAAGUGUUUUUCAAAGUGGAAGAAACAUGUCAUUCCAAAAAAGAAAAAAAAAACCCACUGAUGUGGAAAACACACAUAGUGUUGCUGUCAUACCUCGACUGUAUUAUUUGUCAGCUUUAACUUCUCUAUCAGAAAUGGCCUCUUGUUUCAUUCAGGGCAUCUUAGAGUAGAGAGGGCAGAAUACAGAACUACGCAUGUGUGGUCUCUCUGUAGAAGAAGUCGGCACCAACAGGUUUGAAAAACUUGACUGAAGCCACUCUAGACUAGCUCCUGUCCUCUACACCUGCUGGUCAGUGCUUUUCAUUAAGAGAUAAUGCUUCACAGAGUGCAUGUUCUCAAAUCCAGCAGCCUGACAGUGACAUUAUUCAGGCUGUUCUAGCUAAGGUAGAGUAGUAGAGGCUCCACAUGCACACACACAUAUAUAUAAAUAUAUAUAUAUAUACAGUAUAUCUCUUACGUCCUCCUAUAAGCUUAUUAACAGUGACAAAAUACAACUGUGAUGAACAGUGGGGGUCACAUUAUGCCCAUCUCUAGAGAUACGACUGCACUGCUGUACAGCUAUUUGUGGCCAAAACCUUUUAAAUCUAUACGACUCCAACAGUCACUUUUCACACGCUAGAUCAAGACGCUAGUCAACGAGCAAUAUAAGUCAAGUCUGCUUCAAUAUUUGAUCGUCCAGCGGCAUUAAUUUCACCGUCUUGUAUUCGGUUAGGAAGCGGAACAUAUUUGGACCUGGUUGAUUUCAGUGACUGUUAGUGGUCAACUCUGCCUGUAGCUAAAGGCCCUUUUCCAUUUCAAAAGGUUUUGUGAGAACUCAGGAACUCGUGGUUUCCCAGAACCUUUGCGUGAACCCCAUUUUAAGAGCAGAAGUCUGGUUUAUAAUGUUGGUUCUGAGUCGGCAGUACUUUCCAUCAUAGUCCAACAAGCACUGUUUAUAUAGAACAGCCAACAAUUACAGCAGCAGCAAGAGGAAAUAAGUGAUAAAUAACCUUGUACUGAUUAGCUUAACUUGGAGAAUUGGCUAUGUCAAAAAGCUUUCUAAAAACUCUUUUCCAUUAAUUUAUUAUACAGCUAAGCUUAAACCACUGAUGAAUCUGCGCUAAUUAAUAUUUUUAUGUAAGAAAAGGUCACUCAGUGAUAGACGCACAGAGAAUUAGCAUCAUUUAGCAUCAUUUAGCUAACAGUUUAUGUUUUCUGCCAGAUAAUGUACUGUUUGGUUCAGUCUUACUGCUCAUAACAACCUUACUUCCAGCGACAGCAGGCAUCGUGCAGUACACCGCCUGCCCUGCACCAAACGGCAGGAAGUCAUAGUUAUUAGCAGCUAGCUAAUGAGUAAAGUGGAGGUUUUAGCUACCUCGAGUGGUGGUAGAGAGGAAAACACAGCUGAAAAGAGAGUUAACAUUGGCCUUAUGUUUGUUAGGUGGCCAGCAAAAACAGUCAAUGAAUGCUCGAUGCUGCUAGACAUGCUAGCAACUGUUUGCUAACAUAAGCCACCAGAUUAGCUAACAAUGUUAGCUAAACCAACUUUGUGAAAAAUCAAUUAAGAGUGGUUUAAGUGGCGUUUGAAUAUACUAAAACAAAAAAGGUAAUUGGUUAACAGUUAAAAAAAAAAAAAAAAGAAAAAAGGUGAAUAUUUAAAAUAUUUAAACAAAAACACAAUAACUGUAGUAAUUGCACUUCUUCCAUCAUGGCUGACAUGAAACAUGCUAAAGAAGCUUCUGUUGUUCCUCCAGUUCUUACGUCUUGGUGGAAAAGGGUCUGUAGUUACUAAAGCUACGUACCUGUGAAUGCUACUGGUUGUGAUCAUUUCUGGACUGUGAAGACGAGUGGCCGUGUCAGAAAUACAGUGCACAUACAAAACAUACUGUAUAUUUUAUGACUUAACGACGUAAUCGUACAUAUGUGAGACAACACGCCUCAGCACAGGAAGUUGUUUUUCUUUAUGGUGGGGCGAAGGUGGGGGGGAGGGGGGGGGGUAUAUGCGCCUCCCCCUUUUCUUACCCAGUGGCAAAGUGCUGUUAAUGGCAGUAAACAGUACAGCAAGAGCUUGAAUCUUUCACUGGUCGGACUGGUCAUCGUACAAGCACUUCACACAAAUACCUCUUCAGUACGUUCCUGCCUGCUUCAGCAUUUAUUUAUUGAUUGUUUAGUAACUUUGUGUGACUGAGUAGGAACCGCAGACACACAAACAGAACAGGAUUUAAAUAGAUUUAAAACACACACACACACACACACACAAUGGAUGAGUCAGCUUGUCGAUGGCAGGAGAAUAAAAGAAUAAGGUUUUUGAAUGGAGGAACAUUUUCUAGUCUGCUUUUACAUUCCAUGAGAGCUACCUUCACCCACUACCCGGGUAGUCAGUCACAGCUCUGGGCCUUUUUUUGAUCUGAAGAAACGCAGAUAGAAGAGGGGGAAAAAGGAAAAUUGAGCAAAAAGAAAGAAAAGAGAGGCUAAACUCAGUUCUCAGGGACAUCACUUAAAGAAACAAAACAAAAAGUAGUAGCAUUAAGCAUUUAAGAUAUUGUAAAUAUUAAAGUGUCAAUUCAGAAAAUUGUAAAGUUAUAAUUAUUUAUGAUAAGUAUGUUAUGUGUUUGUUUUGUUUUUUUCUUUAUUUUUAUGUUUUUUUGUUUUUUGGCGGGGGUGUACUUGAAUUGUUUUGGACGGGGGAAUUUGACAGCGUUUUUUUAAGAGCAAAGACUUCAAGGCAUUUCUCAGGUGCUCCUGUGUACAUUUAUUUCAGUUUGUUUUUUGCUAUAAUAACUAUUAUUAUUUGUGUUUUUUUUGUUUUGUUUUGUUUUUUUGUUCUUUUGUUCUUUUUAGAUUUGCAAAGAAAAAAAAAAUCUGUUUUCCAAAAGGAGGCAUGUUAUUGGGAGUUGAGGAAAAUGAGUGAGGCAUUCAUUUGUAAACAGAUACGUACUAAACCUGACUAUGCAGAACCACUUUGAUGAUCUUGUCACCUCUUAAAGAUGCCCUCUAAAAACUUGGGAGGAAGAGACACAGUGGACCGAACCACUAUUAAAGAUAGAGAGGGGGGUUUGGGGGGAGGGGGGGGCACACAAAGACAAGACACAGCAUGCUUGUAUUUGGACAAUGCGCAGUAGCCAGCCUGCAUUCGCUGCAACAUUUAGAGGAGAAAAAAAAAAAAAAAGAAAAAUGGUGGAAAAUGCCUUUCUGACCGAUCAAUGUACAAAGUUUAUUUUUGCUUUUCUUCUUUGUUGGUUUUAUUUAAUCAGGACUCAAGCCUUUAGUGUCUUCUCAGAGGUGUCGUGUUGUGUGGCAGCACCGCAGUGAGACAGAACAAUACGCAGACGUCAGUCAGAAACAGCAACUGUAUGAACAAAAGAGACGACCUGUGGAUGACCUUGUGUUCAUUCCUCAUUUGUUGUAUCUUGUUUUGUUUUUUUUUUCCUUUAUUGCUUUCUCUGCUCCCUUCAGCCUUCUCCUAUCUCUCUACCAUACUUUCUUUUUUCUAAUUCUCUGUCGUUUAUCCCUCGUUCCCUCUCACGCCGGGAGGAUUUUUUUGGUGUCGCAGCAACGCAUCGAUGUGUCAGUGCUUUCGCUGCAGCCACUUCCUCUGUCGUCGGAUAUCAGUGCAGCAGCCGCGUGUCAGCUUUUGACAAAAACUAGCUGGUUUUCUUUUGUUGCUGCAAAGUUUUUACACGAUGCGGAUUUGAAAAAAAAGAAAAGAAAAAAAGGUUGAAUUAAUUUCUGGGCUACUACAUCAGCAUGAUAGGGAUGUUUUUGUUGAAUCAUAUAUGAAAGAGGGAUAUUAUUUUACCAGUUGCUUAACUUGGAAGCUCCAGUCAGCUGCCUUUAUGUGAUGCAUUAACUGACGGCAUUACAACAAAGACGUUCCUCCAUCUUAACCGUUUUUCUCUGUGUUAACUGUAUCAACCAGUUCCUUAAGUUUUUCUUUCUUUCUUUCUGUCUUUCUUUCUUUCUUUCUUUCUUUCGUAGGACAGUACUAUUCGCAGGUAGAGAUCUAGUUCACCUACUGUUUCCCAGUUUGUUUUAUUUUUGGAUUUUUUUUUUUCUAACUUAAGGGAAAAUUUGAAAGUGUUUGUUGCCUCUUUGUGCUACUGAUUAUGAAAAAGGUAUUUCCAGUAUUUGUUGCCACAGAAGUAUGAUAGCUUAUCAUCAACACUUUUUUUUAAUUUGUAAUUUUUUUGUGCAACUUCUUGAGCUACUGUCUAUAAAGCGAGAAUUUAUUACUAUUUAUGUAACGCUACUACCAUUUUAUAUUGAUUUGUGUUGGAAUCUCAGUGCUUUUCUAUGAAUAAAGUGUGAAACACG